AUGAAGGGCAAACGGAGUAAAACAUACCGCAAGUUGAUGCAAAAGUACGAGCUCAACUUCGAUUUCCGCGUCCCCUACCAGGUCCUCGUCGACGCCGAAAUCAUCAAAGAUGCUGCGCGCUUCAAGAUGCAGCUGGGGAAAAUGCUGGAAGACACACUGCACGGCGAGAUCAAGCCCAUGAUCACGCAGUGCUGCAUCCGCCAUCUCUACAAUGCGCCAUCCGAUCCCCACAAAGACGAGUGGAUAGAGGCCGCAAAGCAGGCGGAGCGACGGCGAUGCGGACAUCACGAGCUACCGGAGCCGCUGAGUGCGCUGGAGUGUUUGGAAAGCGUCGUCGAUCCGAAAGGCAGCGGCACCAAUAAGCAUCGCUAUGUCGUUGCGAGUCAGGAUCACACGGUGCGCCGGAAGAUGAGGACGAUUGUGGGUGUCCCGUUGAUCUACAUUGCGAGAAGUGUCAUGAUCCUAGAGCCCAUGGCGGAUGUCACUCAAGGCGUGAGAGAGCGAGAGGAAAAAGCCAAGGUCAAAGCUGGACUCGGUGGACGGCGAAACGUGGGAGCGGAAGUUGGCGAAAAGAGGAAGAGAGAGGACGGCGACAGCGAUAGUGAUGAGGAUGAACGAGCACAGCUUGGUCCGAAGAAGCAGAAGAAGAAAGGACCGAAAGGGCCCAACCCGUUGGCUGUGAAGAAGUCGAAGAAAGACAAGUCCGCGCAGCACCACGCAGACGAGGAAAAGGCAGUGCUGCGAAAGGCCACGAGGAACGACCAUCAGAUAGCAGCGGGGAGCGCCGGAUCAGAAGUGUCUGGGAAUGGCCACGCAGAGGCACCCACGAAGCGGAAGCGGAAGAGGAAGCCUAAAGAUGCUGCAGAUUACUCCGGGGAGGAUGGUUGA